AGAGUGACCGAGAUGAAUUCGGAUCUUGCCAAAAAGGUACUAGAAACAUAUGCAAGGGAGCGUAAAAGUAUGGUAAAAGCAAAAAGUUACGAUGAAAUUCUGUCUCUAUUUGAUUCGAGUGUUGCUUUUGAAAUAAACGAUAGUUUGAAUCGACAGCAACUUCAGAACACAGUGACGAACAAGGCUUGGACAGAAAUGAAUAACGAUGAGAAGAUGGCAUCUUACAGACAUCACAUUGUACAACUUGUGAAAUUUGCAGGUUUUGGUGACGUGCAGGGCAUGAUUGUCAAGGUCGCACAUGCCAAGAGAAAGGGGAAAAAGUUGGUACCAUGGAUGAUGAGCAAUUUGACAAAAGAAGAGAGGAAAAUAUUGGAUCGAGACAUGGAGUCUUCUGGACAUAAAGAUCUAGUGAAUCGAAGUCCAUCUGAAGUUACGAAUAUCUUGUCUGUCUACUUUAAUACUCUAUUGGAGAAAACAAAAUGUUGCAUCUGUGACAAGUUACAAAUAGCGAAUGGUCGCGGAGAUAUUGUUUAUUUCCACACUGAAGAUGAGAGAUUGUGCACUUCAGCUAAAACUUAUUUGGAAAUGCUGAGGUCAAUUAGACCCCAGCUUAAUCUCCCAAAGCGGACUGUAUGCAUCUGUCUAGAAUGCCUUGGUACUAUAAAGCAGAAAUAUCAGCAGGUACUAAUACUGCACUGGUUGGAUGGCCUAUGGUAGUGCACAUUUGCUCUUAAAAGCUUAGCUUCAUCACAGAUCUUGGUGAUCGUCCUCAUAUAAUCAUGAAACAAAGAUUUCUAUUCCAUUUUAGAUCACUACAUCUUUGUCUCAAUUGGAAAAAAGUUUGUGGAUGAAAGCAGAACAACCUUCUGAGCACGAAAUUUGUGAGAGACCAACAUUCUCAACUACGAGUAUUGAAUCGAGUAGAUCCCUAAAGCUUUGGAAAUCACAAUCUUUUGGUUCGAGUCAGUCUAGUCAGACAGACGCUUUUGUUGUCGAUUGGAGUCGCUGUUUCAUAUGUCAAGAUGACAAGGAGGGUGAAGGCAAGUCCGUAAAACUUGUUUGCGGGACAGAUCCAACAUUUGAAAUGCUAGCUAAGAAUAUGAUCUGGAUGAGUACGAACCGCUUUGAUUUGUAUCAGGGGGAUGAGCCACUGCAUCAUUAUGGAACUGAGGUCAUCAAAGAUGCUAAUUUGGCACAUGCUUUUAUUUCGAACAACGCGAAGUUUCAUAAAUCGUGCAAAACUCGUUACAAUAACAACAGAAUAGAGAAUCUCAAACAAAAACUGUUCAACCCUGAGCAACCUCCCUCUAAAGCUCUAAAACGCCAGAGGCAUUCUUCUGCUCACGACAACACAGAGGAAUCUAUUAUAAAGACAUCUGCUCUUCACACUGUCACAGACUAUAUUUUGAACCAAGAGGAAGUAUCUCCUGGACUGUACUUGGUUGCUGAACUGGAGACUAUGUACAAUGACAGCGUGCGUGCCGCUUUACUUGAUCCUUUAGAUCCUUCAGGACUGAUCUCAAAUCACGUCACAAAGUUUGCUGAAAUGGUUAAAGAAGCUCUACCUGGAUUAACUAGGCUUAAAGUCGGGAAUAAGCUUUACUUAGUAUUUGAUAACAGGCAGUCUGUGGGUCUAACCGGUAGCUUUUAAGGCGACGAUUAUGAAGUAUUACGAAGUAAAGUUGUUAAAAUUAAUAAUAUAUAAUUUAAAUAAAACUUGUAAUUUUAACACUGCUACGUGAUCUCAAGGAUCAGCAUUAUUCCCUGCACGCCUUUUAAUUAUUAUACAACGUGUAUCAGAAAAGAAAGAUCAGAAAAUAUACAUAUGCUAAAUUUAGCAUGCCCGAAAUUUUUUAAUUUAACAUUCUCAAUUGCAAUACUAAUGUAUAUUUUCUGAUCUAUACUUUCUAGCUAAAUCCAAAAAUCACUUUACACUCGAACUUUGAGAUUUUUCUAACGACAUUUUUUGUUUUUAAUUGGUGCAUGCUUUUUAGAGCAUCUACUUUUCCUUAAAUAUACAAACAUUGUUGUCUGUUUCUAAAAAUAAGAAUCUGUUCAUUCGACUGGACAGCUAUGAUAAUAUAUGUAUACCUAGUGUUUUCUUAGUGUUUCUAGCAGACCUGAUAUGCAAUAAUCUUGUACAGAAGUUCUAGCAAUUUUUGCCUUUGGCCAUAAUAUUUUGAUUAAAACUCUCGAUAAUAUGUCUCAAACAUUUGAAAGAUUCGACAAUUGACAUUUUAUUACAUUAAAAUAAAUAUCUGUCAAGUUAUUAACAAAUAAAUACGUAACAUGUAUUUGCUUCAAUUUAUCAUAAAAUUUGAUGUGACUAGAUACCACUGUUUUGUGUAUAAAAUCUUUAAAAACUCUGAAACACCUUAUCUUAUCCCACAUUCAGCUUGAAAUGUCGAAGGUUGGAAAAGCAGUGGCCAAGUCGAAAACUUUGUACCCCAGAGAUGCAUCAAAAAGCCUAAAAUUCCGAAUGCAGAUCCCAACUCGCCAAGCUUUCCCUAGCCCUCCUCUCGGACCACAGCUUGGAUCAAAAGGAAUCAACUCUGCUAAGUUUUGUAAGGAAUUCAAUGAAAGGACAAAACACUUCAAGGAAGGGUACCCAUUGCCCAUUGACUUAUAUGUGUAUGAUGAUAGGUCAUACAAGUUUGAUAUGUACUGGCCUGCUACUGCUUACAUGAUAAAACAGGCUGCUGGAGUUACAAAGGGUGGACAAUAUUCUGGCUUUGAGUGGGUCGGUGCUAUCAACAUGAAACAGGUAUAUCACAUCGCAAAGAAUAAAGUAGAAAAUGAUUCACGAGUGAAAUAUGUGCCACUCGAUCAAAUGUGCAGAAAUGUGAUAAGACAAGCAGAGAAAAUGUGUAUCGCUGUUGUAAGAGACUGAGUAUAUGACCUAGUUCAAUUCUCGAACUUAAUGUGAGAUAAUAUUUGUUCAUUAAUUUAUUAUAUAAAGCAAAAGCAGAAUUGCGGCAAGUCAAGGCUGAAGUUUUUAUUUUACACCUAGUUAAAGAGGAUAUUUCUUACUUCUUAGGAAACUAUUUAACCAUUGUUAUUAGAUCAAAUUGAUAAAAUGUUCAAAAAUGUUUUACUAAAACUUAAAUCGGUAAAUAUUUAAUAUAGUUUUA